AUGAGCUCUACGAUAUCCCAAGAUGCUUCAACCAGCAUCGAGAAACCACCCAACUCUGUUGAUGUCGAGCGACAAAGCGAUACAGUUGCGUCGACAGCGACAGCUCCCGCGCCAAAGUCUCUAGGUGCAGGCUCUGCCCUCGCCCUCGGCGCAUUUGGUACGACUCUCACGACGCUGUCGUUGAGUUUAAUGGAAUGGCGCGGCGUCACUACGGACAAUGUAUUCGUGGCCAAUUUCUUCUUCAUCUCGGCCUUUGGCCUGGUCAUUACUGCUCAAUGGGAACUUUCUAUCGGGGAUGGAUUUGCGUAUACCGUCUUCAGUGCUUUUGGUCUAUUUUACGCUGGAUAUGGUGCACUCCUAACGCCGGCAUUCGGAAUCGUCCAGGCCUACGGCAACGACACAGCACAGUAUAAUAACGCGGUGGGAUUCUUCAUGAUACUCUGGACAGUCUUCGUGUUUACGUUCCUGAUUGCUUCGCUUCCGAGCAAUAUUGCUUAUAUCCUCGUGUUCUUCUUUGUGGACCUUGGCUUUCUGACUGUUGCGGCGAGCUAUUUUGCUGAAGCAGAUGGUCACCAUGCAUCCUCUAUCGCGUUGAAAAAAUCCGGCGGUGUUUUCUGUUUCCUAGCUGGUCUUGUCGGUUGGUAUUUGGUUUUUCAUUUGUUGUUGAAGGAUUCGCUGGUGGAUUUACCUCUGGGUGAUACGUCGCGGCUUUUUGGGAAGAAAAAGAAUAAGGCUCAGUAA